GAUUAGUGUUUCAGGCGGACUGUAUCAAAAUAGCGCUAUAAUGAGCAAGAUGGGAUUGUUGGAGGAAGCUGCACCCUUCGGCAUAGUAUAAUUCAAUGAAGACUUCAUGUCUCAGGAUAUUAAUUCAGCCUAUUUUCGUGUGAAGGACAGUCCUUUUUGACGGACAAGUUCAGCCUAAAGGAUUUAUAUUGGUUCGAAGCCUUCUACCUCCAAUCAGAACUCUGGGUCUCACAGUGCGCGUAUUUCGAUCUGUUGUUCAAGGUCAUCCUGUCAGUUAAUGUGGAUUUAAACGGAGAGCAUCACCAUUACACUUCACGCACCUAUAAGUAACGUAUCUCAUAUUUUCAGCCAUUUCAGACAGCUGUAACUAUCCAGUCAAAUAAACUUGCAAAUCUCAUUUUGAUGACAAGUUAACAGAAGGGUAAACAGUGACUUGAAAUUGUACAUAGAAGUAUUGCCCUACAAAUGAGUGAAUUUGUGAGACAAGGUGUUGUGCGUGAUGAAAACGGUAAUUUAAUUAUACCUCCAACUAGACGUCCUGACGGGACAUGGAGAAAAGCUGUUCGCGUUAAGGAAGGAUACAUUCCUCAAGACGAGAUUCCAGUUUAUCGGUCUGCAGGUGUGAUAAUCCGUGAACAAAGGUCAAAAUUCGUAAUCCCAGGCUUGACCAAGGAGGAUGCUGAACGUCUCAGAUUAGAGAGACAAAAGCAAUCAUCGCAGUCUGGAACGACACCCUCGAAUACAGCUACAAAAAAGAAAAAGUCUAAGAAAGCGAAAUCUAAACAGACUGAAACACAACAAAUUCCAGAGCAAAAACCAAAACUUGACUCAAAAGAAUCAUCAUUACAACAAACAGCAGAAGGUGGUAAUAGUUGCGACGCUUCAAAUGAAUUGCCUGCAACUACAAGUGAUGUCGAUCGAAAACUGCGACGUGAACAGAAGAGAUUACUUCAGAUAGAAGAAAUUGAAAGAAAAAAACAAGCUGGUGAAAAGUUGAACAAAGAUCAGUUGGAAAAGUUAAGUCAUAAAGCUACUGUUGAAAAACUUAUCGAAGAUUUGAAAUCUCUUAAAACCAAUUAAGAUGAUAUGGUUGUAAAUUGAAUUGUUUUUUUCACCUCCGUACAAUUAUGAAGAACUAAUAGGUCUAAUUGUGAAUUACUGGUAAAUUGGGGAUAUAAGACAAUCAUUUUUGUAAAAAAUUCUCUUUUUUGUACAUUUUGAGAACUUUAUUUUCUUGUUUUCGUGAAAAUUGGACUUAAAUGAUGUAAUAUUUGAAGGCUUUAUAUGUUCGACUAUGUGAUAUAACGAAUGUUUCAGUA